CCUACAACAUAUAUGGGUCAGUUGCGCGCGCGCCAAAGCUGUAGAACUCAGCUACACCAUCAACGGUGACAUCACACUGGUACAGGUAGGUUUUUAUACGUAUCAUUCAAAAUGUGUACUUUAAAAACUACUUUCUUUACCUGAAGCAGUCUAACAAAUACGUGAACUUUGAUAAUGAUGAAUUCAUAACUAACUUGACAAUUUCAGCUGAAAGUAAACUGACCACUGACAUCCAGAAAGAUGGACUUGACUUCGUUACUACUUACUGUGGCUUGUAUGGUCGCAGUCUCGUACGUGAGUACAUGUCGAAACGACUGUUAUGUGUUAGUGGGAGCUCUACGUGAUUGUACUGGGGCAUUGGUCGGUGUAAUCAAAGAAAUUAUCUUUAUUAUAAUUUGCGAUUUAAAUUCAUGAAAUAAAAGCAUUGAUAGUUUAAAUCAACAUGAUGGUUGACAGUAGGGAUGGUUUGCAGUAGAGAUGGUUGGCAGUAGAGGGGGCUGGCAGUAGAGAUGGUUAACAGUAGAGAUGGUUUGCAGUAGAGGGGGCGGGAAGUAGAGAUGGUUGGCAGUAGAGAUGGUUUACGGUAGAGGGGGCGGGCAGUAGAGAUGGUCGACAGUAAAUAUGGUUGGCAAUAGAUAUGGUUGGCAGUAGAGAUGUUAGCAGUAGAGAUGGUUGGCAAUAGAGAUGGUUGGCAGUAGAAAUGGUUGGCAGAAGAGAUGGUUCGCAGUAGAGAUGGUUGGCAGUAAAGAUGGUUGGCAGUAGAGAUAGUGGACAGUAAAUAUGGUUGGCAGUAAACAUGGGUGGCAGUAGAGAAUGUUAGCAGUAGAGAUGGUUGGCAGUAGAGAUUAUUGGCAGUAGAGAGGGUUGGCAGUAGAGAUGGUUGGCAGUAGAGAUGGUCAGCAGCAGAGAUGGUUUGCAGUAGAGAGGGUUGACAGUAGAGAUGGUUGGCAGUAGAGAUGGUCGGCAUUCGAGAUGGUUGGCAGUAAGAUGGUUGUUAGUAGAGAUGGUCGCCAGUAGAGAUGUUUGACAGUAGAGAUGGUUUGCAGUAGAGAUGGUUGGCAGAAGAGAUGGUUGGCAGUAGAGAUAGUCGACAAUAAAUAUGGUUGGCAGUAGAGAUGGUUGGCAGUAGAGAUGUUAGCAGUAGAGAUGGUUGGCAGUGGAGAUGGUUGGCAGAAGAGAUGGUUCGCAGCAGAGAUGGUUGGCAGUAAAGAUGGUUGGCAGUAGAGAAGGUUGACAGUAGAGAUGGUCAUCAUUAGAGAUGGUUGGCAGUAGAGAUAGUGGACAGUAAAUAUGGUUGGCAGUAGAGAUGGUUGGCAGUAGAGAUGGUUAGCAGUAGAGAUGGUUGGCAGUAGAGAUUGUUGACAGUAGAGAGGGUUGGCAGUAGAGAUGGUUGGCAGUAGAGAUGGUCAGCAGCAGAGAUGGUUUGCAGUAGAGAGUGUUUGCAGUAGAUAUGGUUGGCAGUAGAGAUGGUCGGCAGUAGAGAUGGUUGGCAGUAAGAUGGUUGUUAGUAGAGAUGGUCGCCAGUAGAGAUGUUUGGCAAUAGAGAUGGUUUGCAGUAGAGAUGGUUGGCAGAAGAGAUGGUUGGCAGUAGAGAUAGUCGACAGUAAAUAUGGUUGGCAGUAGAGAUGGUUGGCAGUAGAGAUGGUUGGCAGUAGAGAGGGUUGGCAGUAGAGAUGGUUGGCAGUAGAGAUGGUUGGCAGUAGAGAUGGUUGGCAGUAGAGAUGGUUGGCAGUAGAGAUGGUUGGCAGUAGAGAUGGUUGGCAGUAGAGAUGGUUGGCAGUAGAGAUGGUUGGCAGUAGAGAUGGUUGGCAGUAGAGAUGGUUGGCAGUAGAGAGGGUUGGCAGUAGAGAUGGUUGGCAGUAGAGAUGGUUGGCAGUAGAGAUGGUUGGCAGUAGAGAUGGUUGGCAGUAGAGAGGGUUGGCAGUAGAGAUGGUUGGCAGUAGAGAUGGUUGGCAGUAGAGAUGGUUGGCAGUAGAGAUGGUUGGCAGUAGAGAGGGUUGGCAGUAGAGAUGGUUGGCAGUAGAGAUGGUUGGCAGUAGAGAUGGUUGGCAGUAGAGAUGGUUGGCAGUAGAGAUGGUUGGCAGUAGAGAUGGUUGGCAGUAGAGAUGGUUGGCAGUAGAGAUGGUUGGCAGUAGAGAUGGUUGGCAGUAGAGAUGGUUGGCAGUAGAGAUGGUCAGCAGCAGAGAUGGUUGGCAGUAGAGAUGGUUGACAGUAGAGAUGGUUGGCAGUAGAGAUGGUUGGCAGUAGAGAUGGUUAGCAGUAGAGAUGGUUGGCAGUAGAGAUUGUUGGCAGUAGAGAGGGUUGGCAGUAGAGAUGGUUGGCAGUAGAGAUGGUCAGCAGCAGAGAUGGUUUGCAGUAGAGAGUGUUGGCAGUAGAUAUGGUUGGCAGUAGAGAUGGUCGGCAGUAGAGAUGGUUGGCAGUAAGAUGGUUGUUAGUAGAGAUGGUCGCCAGUAGAGAUGUUUGGCAAUAGAGAUGGUUUGCAGUAGAGAUGGUUGGCAGAAGAGAUGGUUGGCAGUAGAGAUAGUCGACAGUAAAUAUGGUUGGCAGUAGAGAUGGUUGGCAGUAGAGAUGUUAGCAGUAGAGAUGUUAGCAGUAGAGAUGGUUGGCAGUAGAGAUGGUUGGCAGAACAGAUGGUUGGCAGCAGAGAUGGUUGGCCGUAAAGAUGGUUGGCAGUAGAGAUAGUUGGCAGUAGAGAUGGUUGGCAGAAAAUAGGGUUGGCAGUAGAGAUGGUUGGUAGUAGAGAUGGUUGGUAGUAGAGAGGUUGGCAGUAAAGAUAGUUGGCAGUAGAGAUGGUCGACGUAAAUAUAGCGCUCAAUUUAUUUAACGUCUGUGUAUGCAAAUAAGACAAACCCUCAUUGCAUAUCAUGGCCUUUUUAAAAUAAUAUUGAAAUAGUUGUCGUCAAUGUUUGGUGAUUUCUUCAGUGAAUACAACGCCUGACUGCUGCGCCUUUGGCCACGGCCCAGGUUGACCUGAUGGGAAAUGGCGCCAUGAGAAGCGCGUUACAUCACAUUAAAUUUAACAUCUAAUCACUCUUUAUAUACAUCUGAUGUGGGUAAUCUCUGUGGAUUGGUCCAAAGUUCGUUCAGUAAUGAUUUUCUAUCUGGUGGGUAAUUAGACAAACCACAAAUCAUACAUUACCCUUGGUGGGUAAUUAGACAAACAAAAAAUCAUGCCUUACCCCUGGUGGGUAAUUAGACAAACAAAAAAUCAUACCUUACCCCUGGUGGGUAAUUAGACAAACAAAAAAUCAUGCCUUACCCCUGGUGGGUAAUUAGACAAACAAAAAAUCAUACCUUACCCCUGGUGGGUAAUUAGACAAACAAAAAAUCAUGCCUUACCCCUGGUGGGUAAUUAGACAAACAAAAAAUCAUACCUUACCCCUGGUGGUAAUUAGACAAACAAAAAAUCAUGCCUUACCCCUGGUGGGUAAUUAGACAAACAAAAAAUCAUACCUUACCCCUGGUGGGUAAAAUCAUACCUUACCCCGUUCACCAAUUUAUUUGCCGGAUAUAAUUGUGUAUAUUUCAGAGCACACCUCAUUUUCCUAAACCUUCAAGGCAAUAAGUCAAUCUCACUACCUUUCUUCUCUAAGCCCUUUUCUAAAAAAAACCCUUAAUGUGUACACAAUAACUGUACGUACGAUAAUUAUCUUUGUAAACGGUUUGAGUUUGUUUACAUUGUGAUAUUACCACUAUAGAACGAGGACACCAGCUCCUCCCCCCCCCUCCCCCCCUCCCCCGCACUGUUGUUCCCCUAAACAAAAAGUGUUACUUUAGCUUGUUAUGAAGAACAUCUUUGAAUGACCCUAACUACAGGCUACUGUUGGUGACACGUGUUCAUAUGACGUCGAGUGUGACCAGGGAGAGUGUUGUCAGAUCCUGAGUCGCAUCAUGGUCGUCAGCAAGAAACGACAACCGGACUGGAUGACCACGCCACCUGGAGGCAAGUCUGUGAGACUAGUGAAUCUAUGUCUCUAGUUAAUUUAGGAUACUAGUGAAUCUAUGCCUCUAGUUAAUUUAGGAUACUAGGGAAUCUAUGCUACUAGUUAAUUUAGGAUACUAGGGAAUCUAUGCUACUAGUUAAUUUAGGAUACUAGUGAAUCUAUGCUACUAGUUAAUUUAGGAUACUAGUGAAUCUAUGCUACUAGUGAAUUUAGGAUACUAGUGAAUCUAUGCCUCUAGUUAAUUUAGGAUACUAGUGAAUCUAUGCUACUAGUUAAUUUAGGAUACUAGUGAAUCUAUGAUACUAGUUAAUUUAGGAUUCUAGUGAAUCUAUGCUACUAGUGAAUUUAGGAUACUAGUGAAUCUAUUCUACUAGUUAAUUUAGGAUACUAGUGAAUCUAUGCUACUAGUGAAUUUAGGUUACUAGUGAAUCUAUGCUACUAGUGAAUUUAGGAUACUAGUGAAUCUAUGAUACUAGUUAAUUUAGGAUACUAGUGAAUCUAUGCUACUAGUGAAUUUAGGAUACUAGUGAAUCUAUGCCUCUAGUUAAUUUAGGAUACUAGUGAAUCUAUGCUACUAGUUAAUUUAGGAUACUAGUGAAUCUAUGCUACUAGUUAAUUUAGGAUACUAGUGAAUCUAUGCUACUAGUGAAUUUAGGAUACUAGUGAAUCUAUGCUACUAGUGAAUUUAGGAUACUAGUGAAUCUAUGAUACUAGCUAAUUUAGGAUACUAGUGAAUAUAUGCCUCUAGUUAAUUUAGGAUACAAGUGAAUCUAUGAUACUAGUGAAUUUAGGAUAUUAGUGAAUCUAUGCUACAAUUGAAUUUAGGAUACUAGUGAAUCUAUGCCUCUAGUUAAUUUAGGAUAUUAGUGAAUCUAUGAUACUAGUUAAUUUAGGAUACUAGUGAAUCUAUGCUACUAGUUAAUUUAGGAUACUAGUGAAUCUAUGCCUCUAGUUAAUUGAGGAUACUAGUGAAUCUAUGAUGCUAGUUAAUUUAGGAUACUAGCGAAUCUAUGAUGCUAGUAAAUUUAGGUUACUAGUGAAUCUAUGCUUCUAGUGAAUCUAUGACUCCAUUGACUCUAUGAUACUAGUGAAUUUAUGAUACGAGUGAAUCUAUGGUACUAGUAAAUAUAUGAAACUAGUGAAACUGUUAUAGAAGUGAUUUGAGGAAAUUGGUGGAUCUAGUAAAUUGUAAAUUUAUGAAACUAUUUUUGAAACAAGUGUAUAUGUGAUACCAGUUGAUCUAUGGAGCAUGUGAAUGUAUGAAACUAGUGACUCUAACGAAAUCUGUUCAUCUAUGGAGAUAGAUAAUGACUCUAGUAAUAUUAUCGUGAGGUUUGAUCGUUGUUAGAUACCACCGGACUCCUAUGACUUUUUUAGAGCGCCAUUGGCCAACAAUGUAGGAUACAACUACAUCUAAAAUGAUUGGUGCUGCGAAUGGUGUUGUGAAUGGUGUUACGAAUGGUGUUACAAAUGGUGUUACGAAUGGUGUUACGAAUGGUGCUACGAAUGGUGUUACGAAUGGUGCUUCGAAUGGUGUUACGAAUGGUGUUAAGAAUGGUGUUACGAAUGGUGCUACGAAUGGUGCUACGAAUGGUGCUACGAAUGGUGCUACGAAUGGUGUUACGAAUGGUGUUACGAAUGGUGCUGCGAAUGGUGUUACGAAUAGUGCUACAAAUGGUGCUACGAAGGAUGCUAUGAAUGGUGUUACGAAUGGUGUUAAGAAUGGUGUUACGAAUGGUGCUACGAAUGGUGCUACGAAUGGUGCUACGAAUGGUGCUACGAAUGGUGCUACGAAUGGUUUUACGAAUGGUGUUACGAAUGGUGCUACGAAUGGUGUUACAAAUAGUGCUACAAAUGGUGCUACGAAUGGUGCUAUGAAUGGUGUUACGAAUGGUGUUACAAAUGGUGUUACGAAUGGUGUUACGAAUGGUGUUACGAAUGGUCUUAAGAAUGGUACUACUAGCUGAGUGACGUUACUGAGUAUAACCUCAGAGGCUGCACCAAAAGCCGACUUGAAGUUGAGGACCUUAACAGUCAGUUCAGUGGCGCCACUGGGGCAGGGGGAGUGCGGACCACACUGGGUUACGCCUCCACCGGGAGGGGAGGGGGGCACCAAAUGGAAAAUUGAAAUUUGACAGGACUCAAUCGAUUGGGUUUCAUAACAGAUCUAAAUUAAAUACAAGAACAGUGUGCCACCAGAGUAGCGUAAUACAAGACCAGGGUGUCACCAGAGUUGGGUGCUACAAGACCAGGGUGCCACCAAAGCAGGGCACCAUCAGAGCAGGGUGUCACCAGAGCAGGGUGCCGCCAGAGCAGGUUGCCUCCAGAGCAGGGUGCCACCAGAGCAGGGUACCACCAGAGUAGGGUGCCACAAGACAAGGUCGCCGCCAGAGCAUAGUUACGCUCUGGCCUUGCUUAAUUUAACCAAUAUAUUAACAUUAACAAAACUGGUUACAUUAAGGUCCAAGUCACACCUUAAUUAAUUGUAUCAUAGAACUGUAAAGAAAUAUCAAAAGCCGUUAUUAAAUCAGAAGAAAAAUCACUCCUAGCAGAGCUAGAGGUUAAAAAAAAAAAUUACUGUGUUAAGAGAAGAACAGACGGAUGAAACCAUUAAAAUUAGAAAACACACUUUUGAAAAAGCAUGCAUCAAUUCAAAAACUUAGGAUCCUUAAUAAUGAAAGAAACAAAUUACUAACAGAAAUAAAUGAAGUAAUAUGUGGCCGGAAACAGUAGUUAGAAAAUACUCAAAAGUAGAAACAUUACAAAACAAAGAAAGCUAUUUAUAAAACUGUAAUCAGACCAGUUUGUAACAUACGCAAAUGAAACUUGGACUCUAACAGAAACGACAGAAAACCUACAGAGCACAUAGAGACAAGUUCUCCGGAAAAUUCAUAGACCAACAAAGAAUGAAUAUGGAUGAAGAUUACCAACGAACCAGGAACUGUACAGUCUAUAUCAGGAUCCCACACUAGUAGCCGAAAUGAAAAGGGCAGGCAGGCUACGCUGGGCAGGACACUAAAAGAGAAUGUCAAAUGACAGAGGAGUGAGUAGGGCGCAACACCAAAACUCCCGGAGGGAAACGGCUAUGAUGCAGACGUAGGCAUAGAUGGAGGUGUAGUGUGGGAAAGGAUCUACAGCAGCUGGGUAGGACACUUAGAGAGAAUGUCAAAUGACAGAGGAGUGAGUAGUGUACAGCAGCUGGGUAGGACACUUAGAGAGAAUGUCAAAUGACAGAGGAGUGAGUAGUGUACAGCAGCUGGGUAGGACACUUAGAGAGAAUGUCAAAUGACAGAGGAGUGAGUAGUGUACAGCAGCUGGGUGGGAGGGUGGAGCUGAACGUUUGACAGAAUGUGUUGCCAUCCGCAACGAGUCUAGUACGUUUCGAAAAAUUGUCGGGAAGUGGGUCAGCUAGCCGUCUGAAGAUUUUGCCCUGAACCCACUAAAGCGAGGGAAUCUAGAGCACGUAACAGUUUUGAUUUGUUCUCUGAUAGGUACCAGGGGAACUUGUCAACUGUACCAGACUGAAGGACAUUCAUGUGACUCUCUGGACGUAGCGAACGGCUACUGCAGUUGUGAGCCCGGGACCCAAUGUACCGAGGUGGAGAAGGCUACCACCCCCACCAUCACGGAGCAAGAUCGAAGCCUCAAUGAAGACGAUUCAAAGUUGACCACGCCCUACUUGGCAAGGCGUUCACCUGUCAAGCCGGGUUAUUCCUGGAUUUGCAUGGCUUAAAACACGAUGAAGAGAAAAUUACGGACAUUGGACAAAUAUGGCGGACUGUGGUCAAAUAUGGCGGACUGUGGUCAAAUAUGGCGGACUGUGGUCAAAUAUGUCAGACUUAGGUCAGAUAUGGCAGAAUUUUGUCAAAUAAAGACAUUAAACGAUAGUUGUCUAUAGUAAAGUUUAUAUUUAACAAAAAAACUAUUCACCAAUCAAAUGAAUGUAUCUCAGCAGUGUGCCAACAUUCUGGAAUGUGCUUGUGAUCUGUGAGAUGUGGCACGGAAAAACCGUCCCUACUCAAACCACACACGUCCUCAAUGACCUCAAACCCUAAUUAACAGUCUCCAAUCUCUCUAUCUUCUCCUGCACUCAGUGCUUUCCCCAGACAUUAAAUUUAAUUUCAUUCAUCGAUAUCUUCUAUAUCUUAAUUUUUAUUUUCUCGUUCUCUCUCUCUUUCUCUGUCUUUCAAACACUCUCUCACACUCUCUCUCUUUCUCUUUCUCUCCCCUCUCUCUCAUUCUCUCUCUUAUCCUCUAUCUCUCUCUAUCUCCCUUCUCUAUUCCCUCUCUCCCUCUCUCUUCCCUCUUCCUCUCUCUCGCCUCUCCCCCCUCUCUUCCCUCUCGGCUUUUUUCUCCAGUGUUGCUGUUUUAAAAAUGAAGCCGACACAUUGAACGCAGUGUUUAUCGCUGUCCGCUAUGAAAUAAAAUGACUGAAGACUAUAAAUGCUAAUGAUAUGUCUGUUGUCAUUGCUAAA